AACUUUCUACUCAUAAUUCAAUUCGGACGCGUUCUCUCUCUCCUUCACAUCACCUUAUAAUAAUAAGUACCCGAACCGAAAACAGUUGGAAAAAGAAAAAACCCUCCUCUGCAGAACAACUCUCCUCUCAAUUUCUCCCUCCAGAUCUCCGCCUCAACCAUGACUACCUCAAGGCGACUUGCUGAUAGGAAGGUGGAGAAAUUCGAAAAGAACAUCAAGAAGAGAGGUGCUGUGCCUGAAACAGCAACGAAGAAAGGAAGUUCCUAUCCAGUGGGGCCUAUCUUGCUUGGUUUCUUCAUUUUUGUUGUCAUUGGAUCCUCUUUGUUUCAGAUUAUCCGUACAGCAUCCAGCGGAGGCAUGGCUUGAGUGAUGACGAGUUUACGUUUCCCCCUUUUGAGUUCCGGCAGCUGUAGGGUUUUGUGAUACUACUUACCUCUGUUGCCUUGGUUAGGAUCAACUUUUCUUGUUACUUCGACUUGCCCUUACGGGCUGUAUCUAGGGAAUCGAUCAUGUACUCCGAGUAUGGAUGUGGUUUUUUUUUUUUUCUUUCUGUUCUGUAAUUUAAGAAACCUAAAAUGACUUUCUUUCUUUUUUUAUCUGGGACCUAAAAUAACUUGUCUCCCUUAUUUCUGGUUCCCUUUUGAACUUUUUGCAAUCUACACUAUUUGUGUUCGCCCA